CACUGCGCUGUCCCCAUUGGCUGAGGCAGUGCCCAUGCGCCCUAGAACCCUGUGCAGGGACCACCUCCCCUUGCUCGUGCGGCCCUCCGUCAGUCCCUCGGCGCCCCUCGCCCCAGCUGCUGACCUCCGGGGCCCCUCUGCCUCACCGCAGCCUUCCAUUUCCUCAGGCACAGGCCCUCAAAGGCCGGCCAAAGCCCAGCCACUGCUUCUCAAGCCGCGUUGGCCAGAACUGCGGGUGCCGCCAUCAUGUCUUCUACAAAUCCUGACACUCCAAACUCUACCGUCUCUAGAGAGGCCAGUACUCAGUCCUCAUCAGCUACCACCAGCCAAGGAUAUGUUUUACCAGAAGGCAAAAUCAUGCCAAACACCAUUUUUGUUGGUGGAAUUGAUAUCAGGAUGGAUGAAAGUGAAAUAAGAAGUUUCUUUGCUAGAUAUGGUUCAGUGAAAGAAGUGAAGAUAAUCACGGAUCGAACUGGUGUGUCCAAAGGCUAUGGAUUUGUUUCAUUUUAUAAUGACGUGGAUGUGCAGAAGAUAGUAGAAUCACAGAUAAAUUUCCAUGGUAAAAAGCUGAAACUGGGCCCUGCAAUUAGGAAACAAAAUUUAUGUGCUUAUCAUGUGCAGCCACGUCCUUUGAUUUUUAAUCCUCCACCACCACCACAGUUUCAGAGUGUUUGGAGCAACCCAAACACUGAAACUUAUGUGCAGCCUCCAACCAUGAUGAGUCCUAUAACUCAGUAUGUUCAGACAUAUCCUCCUUACCCAAAUUCACCAGUUCAGGUCAUCACUGGUUAUCAACUGCCUGUUUAUAAUUAUCAGAUGCCACCACAAUGGCCUGCUGGGGAACAAAGGAGUUACGUUAUACCACCGGCUUAUACAACUGUUAACUACCACUAUAAUGAAGUUGAUCCAGGCGCUGAAGUUUUGCCAAAUGAAUGCUCAGUUCAUGAAGCUACUUCAUCCUCUGGAAAUGGCCCACAGAAGAAAUCUGUGGACCGAAGCAUUCAGACAGUGGUAUCUUGUCUAUUUAACCCAGAGAACAGACUGAGAAACACUCUAGUUACUCAAGAUGACUACUUCAAGGAUAAAAGAGUGCAUCACUUUAGAAGAAGUCGCACAGUGCUUAAAUCUGAACAUCUCUGCUAACUUUCAAGUCUUAGAAAGUUGCUGGUUUUGAAUAUUAAGAAGACACUGAAAGUUGUUCACUACUAUAGAAAUUCAAUUCUAAAUUUUGACAAAUCACAUUCAGACAAGUUAUUUUAGAUGUCUAGUUUUAUUUAACAUUGAAAUUGUUCUCAUUAGAUGUUUAUUUAGAAACCUGUUCUGUGUUUAAUACAUAGUUGAAAGUAAAAAAUACGUUUCAAAUUAAAAGAAUGGUUGAAAGGAAUAACAAUAUUUCAAGAUUUUUAAAAUUGAAAUUGGCGUUUUAGAAAUUUAAAGACUAAUACUUAUUUUCAAAAAAUUGUUUAAAAAAUCUGUUUUGAAAGGUCAGAAUUUUGAUAGUUUGAGUAUUUCACUUCUCCAACAAGUACUUGUAAACAGUACAGUAUUUACAGUAUUGUGCUUUGCAUUUAUGAUCUGUCUUAAAAAUUUACCUCGAAAGCAGAAUGUUUAAAACUGCAUUUUUAAUCAGUGGAACUCAACAUAUGGUUAGGUUUAUUGAAGUCUUUCUUAUGUAAACCCAGUAAAAUAGAUUCUAAACAAACAGUCCAAUCAGUGGAUCUUACAUUUAUUAAAAAUAUUUUAUCCUUUACCUAGAAUCCACACAUAUACACACAUACGUAUUUUAUUUGAUUGGGAUGGUAAUUAGGAUAACUCAAAUUCUGGGCCUAAUUUUUUUUUUAAAGAAUGCAAGACAAACUAAUAGAUACAUAAACUUCUUAGUUAACAUUCUUCUUUUUCCUUUUAAAUUUUUUCCUUGAAAUGCUAAACUCAAUAGCUGUAUCUUAAAUUGUGCAAAAUACUGGUAUGAAAGAAUGCUGAAAUUUUUUAUGUCAUUUAAAGGUUAAUCAGAGUAUCUGAAAGGAAUUGUUUUUAUAAAAACAUUAAAAUAUAAGUAAAUUUUUAUUCCAUUAGGCUAUUAUAUUUCCUUUUCUAAAGUAAGGUGUCCUGAGGCAUUAAAGUGUGGGUAAUUUGGGCAAUUCUAAACCACAAAGUUAUAUAAGCGUGUCCAAGAAUGUACUGGAGUCAAAGUUAACAUUCUCUUUCUACUAUUAGACAUUGUGCAUUAUGACAACUAACUAGAGUAUUAGAGCUACUUUUGUAUCCACAGGCUUGCAUUUGCAAUCUGUAUUUUGUCCUUCUAGGAGGUUUGCUCCUAAAACUUGUGGCAUGAGCAGUUUGAGGACAUAAGCCUUAUAAAGUAGCAGUGUUGAUAAUACCUUUCCAAGGAAAAAAGUUGUAUUUGCAUCAUUUGACUUGCCACAUAUGAGUCUAAAAUGCCUUCCUGGUCUUUGUUCUAGAUUGACUUCCUCCCUGAAGCAUGGAGAUUCCACUUAUCCCUAACCUGAUGUAAAUUACCAUGGGUUGUGCUAAGAGUGCCCAUUGUGGUCUAUAAUUCUUAACAAUUUUCAUUCUGAAUCUGAAAGGCAGGAUCUUUAAGGGUUCCCCAAGAAGGAUUUAUAUACCUCUAAAGUGCCCUUAAAUUUGUCUUUUUAAAAGUUCUCUGCCCUGUUUGGUGGGGGAGGGGGCUAUAAUAGUCUUACAUAUAUUAUUCUGUGAUUAAAUCUUCAGCUUAGUAUAAAUGAUACCUAAAUUCUAAGGAACCAGUUCUUUUUGUUCCAGUACGACCUUAAUGAAAAGGAAACAAACUUUUGUCUACUUUGUUGGAGUGAGAUUUUAAAAAUAAAGUAGAAAGAGACCUUUCAAAAUGGAAGAUUAACUUAAAAUUUAAAAUAUGUUCCUUUUACUGCUAAUACUGU